UGAGGUGAUUGGUUGUGUGAGGGGUCUGAUCGUGUCGCUCCGCCCUGAGAUCAGACAGGAAGUGAAUGGAGACACAGACUGAGAGCAGGCCAGAGUUUCACACACACACUCUUUCAAGAAAUAAACUCAUGAAAUAUCAGCUGAGCACGCCACUCACCAACACACACUACAGAACACAGCACAGCACCUCUGAAGCGCGGCAGACGGAAGAAACUGCUCGGAAGAGAUGAGAAGGACGCUUUACUCUUCUAAACUAGUUUAACUAGCUCUACACGCGAGGAGAAACGUGAGUUUGGUGUCAUACAGCAGUUGAGAAGCAUGUCAUGAGGUGUCAUGGGCUGGUCCAGCUGUUUGCUGCAGGUCAUGGCGCAGGAGAGCACAGUGCAGUACGAGCCGGUGGCAGAGAUCGGCGGCGGCGCUUACGGGACCGUCUACAAGGCUCGAGAUAGAGACAGCGGGCAGUUUGUGGCUCUGAAGAGUGUGAGAGUGCAGACCAAUCAAGACGGCCUUCCUCUGUCCACGGUGCGAGAGGUGGCGCUGCUCAAACGACUCGAGCAGUUCGACCAUCCCAACAUCGUCAGGCUGAUGGACGUGUGCGCCACACUGAGAACAGACCAGGAAACUAAAGUAACUCUAGUGUUUGAACACGUGGAUCAGGACCUCAGGACGUAUCUGGAGAAAGUGCCGGCACCCGGACUGUCCAUCGACCGGAUCAGAGAUUUGAUGCAGCAGUUGCUGUGUGGUCUGGCGUUCUUGCACUCUAAUCGAGUUCUGCAUCGGGACCUGAAGCCAGAGAACAUCCUGGUGACCAGCAGAGGGCAGGUGAAGCUGGCUGACUUCGGUCUGGCGCGGAUCUACAGCUGCCACAUGGCGCUCACACCGGUGGUGGUGACGCUGUGGUAUCGCUGUCCUGAGGUGCUGCUCCAGACCACUUACGCCACGCCGGUGGACAUCUGGAGCACCGGCUGCAUCUUCGCUGAGAUGUUCAGACGCAAGUGA